AGUUCAUCAGUGACUGCAAGGUAGAGUUUAGUCCCUACAAAUUGCAAUCUCCUUGAUGUGCCGGUGUUUUCUAUUUGGGCGUUCACCAAUAAAUGAGUGACCCAAUUCAAAAUUAGGGACAGGAAGAUAAAUGGAAAAUUUUUAAGAGGCGAAUGUAGAAAUAAAAAUUCAAAGAGGGGGUUAUUAAUAAUUGAGAGUUUAGAGCAAGUGAGUACCAGGCUCAUCGGUUCCGUCAAGGCAGUCACAGAAAUCAUCAUUGAGACGGUCUCUAGUGAAGGAUUUGGAGUCAUCCCUGCAGUUGAUCACCUCUGAACCAUAGUAGUUUUCAUCUGCAUCCGCACAAGAGAAGAAAUUAUUUCAAUUUCAUAUAUAUAUAUAUAUAUAGAGAGAGAGAGAGAGAGAGAGAGAGAGAGAGAGCGAUUCCGUCGACUUUAAUCGUCUACUGAUUCCGUCGGUCUGUACGGAGACACUCACAGACAGAGCAAGACAGACCGCCUGGGGAUACAGAAACAGAUCUUAACGGUGGCACUCUACUCUUCCCUCCCAAUUAUUGAAUCUCCACCGUCCGAUCUCCUCAACAUUGUUCUUCAGAUUCAACUCUCCGGCCGCCCAUCUCCUCUGGACAGUAGUAUUUCCCUCGCAAUUUCAAGAAGUGGUUUCAUUUUCUAGCAUAAGUUUUACGCCAGUUCCACCCCACCAUCUGUGGUCAAGAUGGCAGCAGGUGAGCUUUUGCACGAGUCAUCAGAAGCCGAGGGCGAGGUGCGGGUGUGGGCCCAGAUAAAAACUGAGGCAAAACGUGACGCUGAGUCCGAGCCAGCACUUGCAAGCUAUUUGUACUCGACAAUACUCUCGCAUUCAUCAUUGGAGCGCUCACUGUCGUUUCACUUGGGGAAUAAGCUGUGCUCGUCCACUCUCCUCUCGACGCUCCUCUAUGAUCUAUUCCUCGAUGCCUUUUCCUCUGAUCCCUCUCUACGCGCUGCCACGGUAGCUGAUCUAUGCGCUGCACGUGAACGUGAUCCUGCUUGCGUCUCAUUCUCUCACUGUUUACUCAAUUACAAGGGCUUCCUGGCCUGUCAGGCUCAGCGAGUGGCGCAUAAGUUGUGGAGUCAGUCACGUAAACCACUAGCACUAGCACUCCAGUCACGAAUUGCGGAUGUGUUUUCCGUGGACAUUCACCCAGCUGCAAGGAUCGGUAAAGGUGUUCUGCUCGACCACGCAACGGGCGUUGUGGUUGGGGAGACAGCAGUUAUAGGAAACAAUGUGUCAAUAUUGCACCACGUGACACUAGGUGGGACGGGAAAGGUGGGUGGAGACAGGCACCCAAAGAUUGGUGAUGGUGUACUAAUUGGUGCAGGUGCAACAAUUCUGGGAAACGUGAAGAUCGGUGAGGGUGCAAAGAUUGGGGCGGGGUCAGUGGUGCUUAUCGAUGUGCCACCGUGGACAACCGCAGUGGGGAAUCCGGCAAGGUUGGUCGGAGGGAAGGAGCGGCCCUCUAAACAUGAGGAUGUGCCAGGGGAGUCUAUGGACCAUACCUCCUUUAUAUCUGAAUGGUCUGAUUACAUAAUUUGACAAGUUUCUGCCUUGGUUAUGUUAAUAUCAUGCGAAGCUGUGAGCCUGAGACCUAUAAUCUAUAACGUUUACCUCUGUAAUGCUACAAUGCAGUCAACUGCUAUUUUGUGUAAUGUAUAAAUAUUACAUAAGUUGUUUUUACAAGAAAAUCUCAAGGGUUUGAUUCAA